GACAAAUGGCGUUAUCUUAGUCUCUCUCAUUAACACCCAUCUUCAACUGUUUCCUUCUGUUAUAACAUCAUCAUCUUCUUCAUCUUCAUCUUUAUCGAUCAUCAAUUUUAGGAGAGAGAAAGUGUGAGAUUAAAGGAAGUGUUUGUUUAUCUUCCGUAACUCUUAAAAUUAAGAUCAAAUUAACUCUGGAAGAAAUUAAAGAGUGUGAUUUUAUGUGAUCAACUGUUGUGUUUUUUCUAGGGUUUCGGAAUCGAAUAUGAUUUCGUUACAAAGUGAAUCGCAUCAACAGCUUCAUAAUCAUAAUCUUAAUCAUAAUGAUUUUGAUCUUGAUCGCUCGAAUUCGGGUUCCUCUUUCGAUCUCAAGUCUGAUGUUUCUUCUUCCAAUUUGAGUCAUUUUAAGGGCGCCGAGUCUCGUGAAGAAGAAGAUAUGUUGCUGGGUGUUGCACAUCAAAUGUACAAGGGUGGCAACUAUAAACAGGCUUUGGAGCAUAGUAAUGUUGUUUAUGAGAGAAACCCAUUACGGACGGAUAAUCUCCUCCUUUUGGGGGCCAUACAUUAUCAGCUGCAUGAUUUUGAUAUGUGCAUAGCUAGAAAUGAAGAGGCUAUACAAAUCGAGCCGCAUUUUGCAGAGUGUUUUGGCAACAUGGCAAAUGCAUGGAAGGAAAAAGGAAAUGUUGAUCUGGCAAUCCGCUACUACUUGAUUGCUAUUGAGCUCAGGCCAAAUUUUGCUGAUGCCUGGUCAAACUUAGCUAGUGCAUACAUGCGUAAAGGAAGAUUGACUGAGGCAGCCCAAUGUUGCCGGCAGGCUCUUGCAUUAAAUCCUCUUUUGGUUGAUGCACAUAGCAACCUUGGGAAUUUGAUGAAGGCACAAGGCUUAGUGCAAGAAGCUUAUAGUUGCUAUCUUGAGGCUUUACGUAUACAGCCAAGUUUUGCGGUUGCAUGGUCAAAUCUUGCUGGCCUUUUCAUGGAGUCGGGUGAUCUAAAUAGGGCGCUUCAUUAUUACAAGGAAGCAGUAAAACUUAAACCAUCUUUUCCAGAUGCAUAUUUGAACCUGGGAAACGUUUAUAAGGCUUUGGGAAUGAGCCAAGAAGCUAUAGUGUGCUACCAGCAUGCUCUUCAGGCACGACCAAAUUAUGCAAUGGCAUUCGGAAAUUUGGCCAGUACGUAUUAUGAGCAAGGGAAGUUAGAUUUGGCAAUUCUUCAUUACAGAGAGGCCAUUGGCUGUGAUUCAGGGUUUCUGGAAGCUUACAAUAAUUUGGGUAAUGCGCUUAAAGAUGUGGGCAGAAUUAAUGAAGCAAUUCAAUGUUACAACCAAUGUCUUUCACUUCAGCCUCAUCACCCUCAAGCUUUAACGAACCUUGGAAACAUUUAUAUGGAGUGGAGUGCUGUGGCAGUGGCAGCAUCUUAUUAUAAGGCAACAUUGAGUGUUACAUCUGGAUUAUCUGCUCCUUUCAACAACCUGGCAGUUAUCUAUAAGCAGCAGGGCAAUUAUGCAGAGGCCAUAUCUUGCUACAAUGAAGUUUUACGUAUUGAUCCAAUGGCUGCUGAUGGGCUUGUGAAUAGAGGAAAUACUUAUAAGGAGAUUGGAAGAGUGAGUGAGGCCCUCCAGGACUAUGUUAGUGCUAUCAACAUACGACCAAAUAUGGCUGAAGCACAUGCUAAUCUGGCUUCAGCUUAUAAAGACAGUGGACAUGUGGAAGCAGCAAUCAAAAGCUAUAAACAAGCGUUGCUUUUACGUGCAGAUUUCCCUGAAGCAACUUGUAAUCUUCUCCAUACAUUACAGUGUGUUUGCAGUUGGGAAGAUAGAGACAAAAUGUUUGUGGAAGUUGAGGGGAUAAUCAAACGACAAGUUGAGACGUCAGUUCUUCCAAGUGUACAGCCUUUUCAUGCAAUCGCAUAUCCUCUUGAUCCAAUGCUUGCUCUCGAGAUUAGCCGCAAGUAUGCGGAACACUGCUCAAUAGUUGCAUCCCGCUAUGCACUGUCUCCCUUUAAGCACCCGCAACCUAUUCCAGUAAAGAGUGAAGGCGGUUAUCAGAGGCUUAGAGUUGGAUAUGUGAGCAGUGACUUUGGUAACCAUCCUCUUUCACAUCUGAUGGGUUCUGUGUUUGGAAUGCACAGUAGAGAAAAUGUUGAGGUGUUCUGUUAUGCAUUAAGCCCUAAUGAUGGGACUGAGUGGAGACAACGAACUCAAUCUGAAGCUGAGCAUUUUAUGGAUGUUUCUGCUAUGUCAUCAGAUAUGAUUGCCAAACUUAUUAAUGAGGAUAACAUACAGAUUCUAGUCAACCUAAAUGGCUACACCAAGGGUGCCAGAAAUGAGAUAUUUGCCAUGCAACCAGCACCUGUUCAGGUCUCAUACAUGGGAUUCCCGGGCACGAUGGGGGCAUCAUAUAUUGACUAUUUGGUUACUGAUGAGUUUGUGUCACCUUCACGUUAUGCUCAUAUAUACUCCGAGAAGCUAGUUCAUCUCCCUCAUUGCUACUUUGUCAAUGACUACAAACAGAAAAAUAGAGAUCUAUUGGAUCCAAAUUGUCGUCCCAAACGUUCAGAUUAUGGCCUUCCAGAAGACAAAUUCUUGUUUGCGUGCUUUAAUCAACUAUACAAGAUGGAUCCUGAAAUUUUCGUUACUUGGUGUAAUAUUCUCAAACGUGUACCAAACAGUGCCUUGUGGCUUCUGAAAUUUCCAGCUGCUGGAGAAUCAAGACUACGUGCAUAUGCUACUGCUCAAGGAGUGCGGCCAGAUCAGAUCGUAUUUACAGAUGUUGCUGUUAAAAAUGAGCACAUCAGACGCAGUGCUUUAGCUGAUUUAUUUUUGGACACGCCUUUAUGCAAUGGACAUACCACUGGAACAGAUAUACUCUGGGCUGGUUUACCGAUGAUUACAUUACCCCUUGAGAAAAUGGCUACAAGAGUUGCUGGGUCACUUUGUCUUGCUACUGGACUUGGGGACGAGAUGAUAGUAAACAGUAUGGAAGAGUAUGAAGAGCGAGCAGUUUCACUGGCAUUAAAUCCCUCAAAACUUCAGUCCCUUAGAGAUCAAUUGAAAUCUGUCCGCUUGACUUGCCCCCUGUUCGACACUACUCGCUGGGUGAAGAAUCUUGAUAGGGCAUACUUCAAGAUGUGGAAUCUGUAUUGCACAGGACAACAUCCUCAGGCUUUCAAAGUCACUGAAAAUGAUGUGGAUUUGCCUUCUAAUAGGUAGGCAAAUUAGCCGAACGGAAUUGUAAAUAAAUAGUAGAGCCACAUAAAAGCCCUUGAUGAUGCUAGAGAUUUUUUAGUAGGGUGAGCAAUGGUGGAGGGGAUAGAUAUUAGGUUAGACAACUGUUGCACCCCAAAAGUCCUCAGAUAAUGAUUUGAGAGUUGUAACAUGUAGGAAUAAUUAUGAUUAUGUGUUUCUGGACUCUUGAGGAUGUCAUGAGGGUUGAGUGAUUUGCGUGUACAACAUUAUUAAGAAGUGUAGUAUGUGUAUGUAGUUUAUCGUUGGCAAAUUACAGUGAUUCUUCGGUUUCCACGGGUUAUUACUCGUGAUGGUUUGUUGUAAAAUGGUUUUGUCUAUUAUGGUGAUUGUUGAGCUGCUCAUUCGGCUCCA